GUACGUUGCUGCAUUGACAGCCAUCUUGGAUUUGUUGAUCUUCCGACAGAACAUUUGAAUGUCAAAAUAGGGAGAAUUGUAAAGUCCCUAGAUUAAUAAAUGCAACAAGAAACUUAAUUAUAAAUAGUUCACCCUUAACCUAGAAUGAUGAGUGGCAUUGAUAAUAAAAAAGCAAAGCGAAGAAAGGUGAAAAAGGGAGCUGUCACCAAGGCCGCAACCCCGACUAAAUCUCUCACAAAUUCAGAGGUCCCAUUGACUAGAGCUGAGUUAAACGGCGAGGCUUUUAAGAACCUUGAAAAGCUGAUGGAUGCCCAUGAUGACGAGAGCGCUCUGAAGAUGUUGUCAUUUCCACGGGGAACAAAUCCGUUCCUGGACCGGGAGCGAUGUCUGCUCUGUAACUGUGAAAGGCAGGAUCCACCAGAAGCCGAGUCACUCAAAGCUGAGUCUCAAGAUAACCAGUCAUUGGAGAACAAUCCUCUAGCACAGUUACCCCUGUGGGUGUGUCCGUCAUGUAGGAAAGCAGCUGACCAAGAGAUGGAGAAGAAACCUUCCCUGGAACAGUUCUUGGACACAGAUGGAGAGUCAUUUCUCCCAGACAUCAGUAUAAAAUCAGGCUCCGAGCCGACAACUCCCAAUGGCAGUAUAUGUACCUGUGAUGCGUGCACGGAGAGACGGUAUAUAAUGAUUGAAUCGGAGCACGAGCUGGAGACUGCCGCUUUACAACAAUAUUGGACGGAGUUGCGGAAGGUUGUACGCUGUCUAUAUGGAAAUCGUGAUGAGAACAACACAGAAGAGCUCAACACUAACAGAUUGCCAGCUGAUGAUCAUGUCACAGACCUUGUACACAAAUUGUGCAGUCGGGAUCCUCAUCAAUUAUUUCUUCGCCUCGAGUCGCAGGUUCGGGAAUUUGUGAUAGAAAUGAAAGUGAAACUGCUGAAACAAUUAAGUACAGGCUUCAAGACUCCUCCACAAGCCAAGAAGUUUAUAUCUCUUAUGUUAGAGGAAUAUGCUCAUUUAUGCAAAGUUGCUCGCAAAAUGGCUGGUCUUUUGAAAGAAUUGCAAAAUCACUUGAAACGAUUCAAGGUUACGUGGGACCUUCAUAACAAGCAUUUAUUUCAGUCCAUUGUCUUCUCAGAACCUUCCAUCAAAAACAGCCUAAACCUGCUCAUCUCACAACUGAGACUCGGUGCUGCAUCAAAGGAGUCGUAUACUGAAGAUACAUAUCCUAACCUGCUGCAUCGAUAUCUCAAGUUCGAGGACGAGAUGUCGGUAAUCAACGUUGUGUGGCGAGACUGUCAUCAACUUAUAGAAUCUUAUAAUGAAGAACAGUCUGCAUUAAAGUUAAAGCAGAAGAUGUUACGAGAGGACUGGGAAUUUUUCAAAACUCAACGUAAGCUGCUCGAACAACAAGUGUCCAAGAACCCAAAAGCCUCACUUUCUCAUAACCUUGAAGCUCAGUUUACAGAGACAAUGAGGUUGAUGCUUCAAGGUAACAAACCAUCACAAGAUGAACUCACUUGUCCAAGGUGCAAUAGAAAAAGGUGCCCUUGUGAUGAAUGUACUAUAACACACAUGAUCACCUGUGGAAUAAUCAACCCUGACGUGCUUGACAGUUCAACAGCUCCAAAUCCUCUUACAUCGCACCACAAUGCAAACUUUAUGCACGAUCCAAAUCGUUAUCGGAUUGACGUCAGUCCUCCAUCCAUGUCAAGCACGACGUCAAGCAGUGGUUCAUCUAGUCCCAUCAUGGUGGAUCCAGAGCGUCUCAAUCUGCCUUUCCAAGAUGAUAGUAAUAGAAAUGAGGAUGAGAUCCAAGAAGAGAUAGACAAUCAGUCAUCGGAUAAUGAUGAUGAAGAUGAUGAGGGGGUUGAUGAUGAUGACGAUGAUGAUGAUGCUGAUGAUGCUGACAAUGAGGAAGAGGCAGAUGCAACAGACAAGGACGAGUCAAACAUCAAUGAUCUGCCUCUGACGGGUAUGGUAGAGAUUACUGGUAUACCACAACUAUCUCUCGAGGAAGAAAUGAGGAGACAGGACUUCGGCAAGGUUGAAAGCUGUAACUGUGAUCAUUGUGUCUCUCAGGCCAAACUCGAACAAGUGAUGAAGCCGGAGGACAACCAGUGCCAGUGUCAUGUUUGUCUUCAACAACAGGGAAAGGCAAUCUCAACAACUCUACCCCAGCAUAUCCCGCCCAUUGUGCCCCGCCCCGGGGAGCUACAUCUUUAUCCCCAUAUUCAUGGCUCCACGGGGCUGCACACUCUGGGUAGGGGAGGAGGACACGUCAGACCUAUCUUACAACCCAACUUGUACGAUCUUCACCUUCCAAAUCAGCGCCACAAGUCAAUUAUACAACAGACGAAGGUGCCUAUUAAAUUGGACUUUGAUUCUCCUGAGGGUAUAAACGACCAUAUUUACCAUGCCUACGGUGACUGGGACAACACUACAUACGAUCCACGUUUGCUCCUAGGUUCGGGGAAGUUUGACAGCGAACUAUUACCGCCUCCUCCGUUCUCCAGUCCGUACACGUCCACCUUGCUGACGGAACCUCUCAACCUGCCUGGGAUGUUUAGUACAUCGUCAUCACUGCCAACGUCAGCAACAUCAAGUGCUUUUGUGUCGACGUUUGCCAACCAUACCUCGUCAGCGGCUGCCACUCAGGCGGCAACUAAAAUAACUGAUAACCUCUCUGUACUGACCACUAAGGAGUCGCUUGGAGAGCAGUUGGCAAACAAACAUAACCAGUGCUCAAACCAGACCACUCCUGCCCCCAACCACAAUCCUCCCUGCUCCAGACCUGCAACUUUAGGGGGCAAUAAUGCACCCAAGGUUCCAGAGAAGGGGCAUAGUCAGCAUUGUAAGAAGCACAACAACACUCGGGGGAAUGCAAAAUCUGGUUCAGCACCUUCCCACAACCAUAACAAUAAUCAGAUGAAGAUGCCAGAGAUGUUACAGACGAAGGAGGGACGUCAGAUGUUUCAGCAGUAUGCCAACUCUCUCAAACAACAGUCAAACCAGAACAACCAUCCAUGUACCCAUGCUAAUAAUAACAACAACAACAACACUAGUAAAGUUGCUAACCACCUUGGCACCUUGCGUGAACCUCACCAGGGUAACAGCAGUACAGGCCCUUGUCCUAAUUCCAUGCAGCUGCCGACCUCGGUGAACAACGUAAGCGUUGGCACGUCAACUGUAUGUACGGAACCAGACUGUGAUGGUAACCAUGACAAUGACAGCUUCGAUGAUAAUUGUUCAGAGAAGAGUUCAUCAACUUCCAAUUCAACAAGUCAGAAAGAGGGCAAAUACUGUGAUUGUUGCUACUGUGAAUUCUUCGGUCAUGGAAAUCCUCCAAUGGCCCCAACAAGUAAGAACUAUGCAGAAAUGAGGGACAAGCUACGAUUACGGCUCAAGAAAAAGGUAGAAACUGAAACAAAGACGGAUGAGCAGCCUCCUGUCAGUUUAAAGUGCACUGGACAUUUCUCGCAAGGGAAGCCGGCACCUGUUCUCUUGCCUCCCACCUCCACCCCACCUCCUAGUCAGUCUGAGGAUCCACUAGAAACUAAGGGUCUGGAUGAGUUGAUCAAGUUUAUCAAUGGUACUGAGGAAGAGGAUAAAAAGCCUUUGAGUGCUAAGGCAGCAAAACGUGCUAGACAGAAACAGAGAAAGGCCGAGGAGAAGGCAAGACAGGAGGCGGAGCAACUUAGAAAGGAACAGGAGCGAGAGAGAAAGUUAAAGAUAGAGGAGGAGCAGCGUAGACAAGCAGAGGAAGCUGAGAGGCGGAAGAAUGAGGCGAUGACAAAGAAACAACGGAAACAGGCGGCAAAACGGGCAAAGUCUUCCAGUAAUAGUCCGACACCACCACCUGCCAACAGUAAGGGAAACCCAGCUGAUAAAAGCACUAACAAUAAUGCUGAUCAGCUCAGUAAGAACUCAAAAAAGAAAGGCAAACACAAAGAAGAUUUACCAACAUUACAAGUGAACAUAACGUGUGAGAUAGAACAUGGUUCCCAGUCAGUUUCUUCAUCAAGUCAGAAGUCAUUAAGUAACAACAUAGUCAGUCAGAAUCCACCAAAGAUCACUGCCACAUCUAGCCGCCCGAGCACACAGGGAGGUCAUGUGAUAAGUACUCCGCCCUCAAUUGACAAUCGAAACUUCCUAAUCUCAAAACAGAACAAGAAUAAAGAGCCAAUUAAAGCACCUCACUUGGCCAACGGCGAUUCUUCUAAUAGCGUUACAAUCAAUUCAGAGCAUAUCGCACAGAUCACUCGCCAGCAGCAAGAGUUACUCAAGAAGCAAACUCAGCAGCUUAUACAACUGAAGCUGCAGCAAGAAGCUAAGAAGCAAUUACAACUAGCUGCCCAGCAGCAGCAGCAGACUCAACAACAACAGCAGCAGCAGUCUGUUUCAGGUGACAAAAGCAAGAAAGUGAAUAUAAAGAUCAUGCAGAAUGAGAAACAAUCCCAGGGUCAAGUAACUCCACCAACAGUAAACAAGAGCGCUACUGAUAAAACACAAGCCCAGCCAGUCCAGAACAAUGUUAAAAUUACUGUGAAAACUUCUACCAACUCCACACCUACAAAUUCACCCAGAUUGAUCGAACAGAAUAACAAUGUUCAAAGACGCACGACUAGCAAUGGUAAAACAGUACAGCAGAUAAAUGAAGAAAAUGUGACUAGUAAUUUAAAUCAACAACAGUCGGCACAGAACCGCAGAAAUAAGAAACUUGCAGAUUCGGUUCAACCGGAACAAGAUCAGAAAUGUCAGCAACAACUUCAACAUCAGUAUCAUGUGCAAGGUCUGGUCUCCGCUCGCCAGGUUACCGGAACGGCCAAUCAUACACUGCAACACAAUGGUACAAACAGUAAUCCAGCCAAGGGUCAAGUUAGACAGCCACCAGCUGGUCAAGCACAAAAUGGUGACACCAGAACUCCAAACGUAGAAAGAAGACAAGAACAAGGGAAGAAGCAAGAGGAUUCUCCACCCUCUGAUCAGGGUAAAAGCCCUGGUGGGAAGACUAAGAAAGUGAAAAGAAAAAACAAAGGUGCUGGUGAUAUAAACUUCAUAGAUGAGGUAUUUAUGCCAAAAUCUGAAAGUGAUAUUGAAGGUGGAGAUAUGGAUGAAUUUGAGAGAGAAAUUGAAGAAUUUAAAAGGUUUUGUGCGGAUUCAUCGACACCAGCUAAACGUGAGAAACUGCAAGUGAAUGUAAACAUCAAGGACAUAUUUGCCAAGAAGAAGACGGGACUCUGCAACUAAUUGUCUAAUUUCAUCAUUUACAUCCCAUAGUUCAUCUGCUUGUAUUUAUGCUUUCCAUAGUACUUCCCUUUCCAUCUUACUGACUUCACUUAACUCAGAAAAUAUUUUGUACAGUUUCAGACUUUGCUAAUAAUGACUGAGUUAGGUUAUAGAAAUAUUAACAAGUUCAGGAUAAUUUUUUCACUAAGUCCAAAAUUAUUGUUUGAGCAAGGAAUUCUGAGCAAAAAAUCAACAUAAUCAGUUCUAAAAUGUUUGUUUUUCUAGUGUUGAAAAAAAAUAUAUAACAGGAAAUGUAACAGCACACAACAUACAAAUUGAAAAUCUGACUUUUAGUAGAAGAGAUCAUGCUGAAGCCCAUACUGUAAACUUAUGUAAAUCGCUGUAUUUAUAGUUCAGAAAAACGUUGGUUCUCCUUAAGCAAAAUAGAUAAAAAAAAACAAAAUUUUCUCUCAUUCAUUUAUCCUUUAUUCACUAUUAAGAAUUUCAGUUGGAGGAAUCGAGACAAUUGGUCAUGAAUGAUUAGUUCUGGGCCCAAUUGUUCGAAAUUUUAACAAGAGAUAAAGCUAAUGGUCUAACUUUUAGGGUUAUGUUUGGAUAUUUUAGAAGACUUGAUAAAAGAAGCGUAUGACUGACGGAUUAUGAACACUAAAAAGUCUUUACAGUUUAAUCAAAACAUGAUUCUAUUGUUUCCCACCUUUUUUAAUCAAAGUUUAACCAGCAUUUAUACUUUCAACAACAGGGUCCAGAAUGUUCCUUCACCAUCUAACUGGUAAUUACAAAUUCAUGUAUACCAGUUAGUGUUUCACAGUUGAAAUAAAACAUGUUCACAGGCACUCCAGUUGUAGUUUUUCGUCUGGCAUUUGUGAAUCUGACCAUCAAGGACGUUUUAAUAUAAUCUUAUAAGGUCUCAACAAAAACUAUAUUCAAGGAUUUAAUUAUAUGACGUUUAAGUAUAAUCUUUAUCAAGGUCUGGCAAAAACCAUAUUCAAAGAUUUAAUUAUGUUUACAGUUUUGAGGUUUCAGUAUUAGAUAUGUUUCUCCUUUUUGCUCAUUUUGUCAUAGCUGUCGUUUUAAGCAUAUGUCUUUCAAAACAGCCUGUUCAUGUUAAUUCAGUUCUGAUUUAUUCUGUGCUUUGUAAAGGUUGUAUUCUGGGAAAUUCUAUGGCCAUAGUCGGAUAACGGGUUUAUGUGCCACCUGUUAUUUAAUUGAUAAGAAGAAAAAUGUCUUGUAAAUUCAUAUAACAUAUGGGCAUUUAUCUCUUAAUACUUAAAAAAAAUAGAAUCGUUUGCUUUGUCACAUUUCUGAGAGAGACAGUGUUAUUGUAAACACUUUAUUUGACAUUUGCAAAUUACUGUGUUGCUCUUGCCAGCUCCAUUGUCAGAACUGUCAAGAUUAGCUGAAUUAAUCUGAAUAGGGUGUUGUGAAAAAAAGGUUGCCAGGAUAAAUUGUUGUUUUCAAUGAUACUUUAAAGGACAAACAGGAAAAUUUGUACUGAAGUGAAGAUUUUGAUUCUCACGAUACUUCACUAUAGCAGAACACGCACAUUAAGUCUGUUGCGACAUUUUGAAUUAAAGGUGUUUAUUUUCUUAGCAUAUCUCUUGACAGGUUUCUACAAAAUUUGUAGUAUUUUUUAUUUAAUAUGCCAUAUUAUUAUUUCAAUGAAACAAAAAUUUUGACAUGCUUGGUGCCAUGUAAUUUUGUGCACCGUAAAACCUGAAUCAAAGUUAAUCAAAAUUUGUUUUAACCUCGUGUCUUGCAGAACCGUUAUAGAGAAAUGCAGAUAGCAAAAUUAAUAGUGACUUUCUUAGUGUGACUAAUUAAAAAAGAGAUGGAGCUAUUGCACUCACUCAUGCAUCAGCAUUAGCAUCCCUAUUUGGUCAAGUAUUGUGUGUAAGCUGGUAUAUCAGUAUCUAUUAAUUUGAAUGGAACGAAUUUUACACUUGUUCAUGUGAUGAACUGACAUGCAAUGCAUAGGUUUCAUAACUCUGUUUUAUGCCCAAUUUUCAACUACAAUUGUUUUUUGUAUGUAACCUGGUAUUGCUGCAACCAGUUGUAGGAAUGAAACUUAACACUCAAAUUCACUGUGAUGAUACGACAUGCAGUUUUGCAUUCACGGUUGUGUCCGCUUUUCAAUUUGGCAAUGUUUUUAGUGUGACCUAAUAUCUUAUUGAGCAUCAUGAUAUAGGAAAGUUAAGGACUUAAAAUUGUUGCCCCUAUUAUACUUGUUUAUGACUAUGUUUUCCUUCUUUUAACUUUUUUUAAAGACAAGGCUCUUGGAUAGUCGAGCGUUGCUGUCCUCAGACAGUUCUUGUUGUGACUUUCAUCACUAAAUCUGGAAAACGUUAGUCCAGUUAAUUAUUUUCCCUGGUAAUACUGUACCGAAUUGUACUUCUUGUCCUUUUCAUGUUGUGAAAUACAGGUAGUCAUUGGAAAAUUUGUUUUGUAGUCAGUUAAUUUGUCAUACAUAUACUUCAUUAUAAAAUGAAGGUAUGUUGGCAAAAUGAUUAAUAUUUGACAUAAAGGUGACAAAUUAUGAUUGGCACCAGUAGUUCACCAUCCAUUGAAACAUCAUGUGUUUUUCACUUGCUGUUGAAAUCAUGCUGAUAGUAAUCAUCCAUGUUGAUCAAUUAUUUUCACAGUAUUGAUGGUUUGUGUGAAAAUAUGAUUACAUUUUUGCUGUAUGCUAAUGUAGCUAUGGAGAUGCUUCAAAACAAAUAUUGAUGUUGCAGAAGUCGAGGAGUACUGUAUGACAAGAAAUGUUUUGCUGUUUGAUGAUAUUGUGUUGCAGUAUACCUUUGUAUUUCUAGGAAGAGAUGCUGGAAGAAAUUUAUGCAAGUUUCUUGAUUUUAUUUGUAAGAAAAAUUUGACAUUUGUUACUCGAAAACUCCGUUUUCUUUAGUCCAGUAGUGACCUCACUGAAAUGAGAUUUGCUGCAUGUUUGUGACCAAUUAUUAAGAAAGUGAUAUACCAUUGUUGUAAACAAGAACACUUUGUAAAGAAUGUUUUACAACAGUGUACUUGAUCAGUGCUCUUCUUGUAGAAAAUAUUGCAAUUUUUUUAAAGUUUUGCUGACUUGCUCUGUAUUGCAUGUGUUUUUGUGAUUGGCAUUAUAUUCUUUGAAGAAAUGUUAAAUAAUGAAUUCACAGGGACAUGGAGAUAUCUGUAAAAACUACAGUUAAUUACCAUAGUUAUGAGCAAAGUAACUUAAUAUGAGAAGUGAUUGGGCAAAUACUUGCAGCAAGAGCAUGAAUAUUUUAUUGUCAUUUAAAGCAUGUUAGUUUAAUGGUCGUAAUAUCAACAUGCGAUUAGUUGUUAAUUGUAAGUAAACAAUUGAAAUGCCUUUCAUGCACUUUAUUAUUAAUGACUGAUGAAGUUCUGCUAAAGGGUGGAGAUCAUGUGAAGAUCUAUGAUAGGAUAAAGGACUAGACUGCGUGUACUAUGUUGUUUUCAAUUAAGGUGAAGAAGGCGUAAUUUAUAGAAAUUUUCUUGAUUAUGUUACAGUAUGUAAUGAUUUUUAAUAGCAUGAAGCUAGGUGGCGCUCCUGCAUUUGAUAAUGCCUGAUGUUUAUGUCUGAUCUGUAGACGUGGUUUGGUUUGAUUUAAUGCCCUUAUAUUGCACGAUAUGCAAGCAAUAACGCUGGGCUACAGAGAAGUUUCUCAUUCGCUCUGUUUUUAUUAUUUUGAGAGAAGAAUUUUCGUCACUGAUAAUAUUUCUGUAUGUCUUAUUACCACGGAUGUGUACUGUUUUUAAUGUGAAGGACAUGCGUCACAUGGGGAAGACGUGUGCUCCUGUCUAAAGAUAUUGUGGUCGACGAUUUUCUGUGUGUAGCCUUUAUAUUUUUAUUUGUAUCUCUGAAGAGGUACAAAUUCAGAGAAGAAAUUGUUGACAAUUGAUACGAAAUUAAAACACUACCAAAAUUUUA